UUUACAUAUAUUUUAGUUGUCUGUGUUUCUUGACUUGAUGUUACGCUUGUGAUUUGAUUUUCAGGGUUAUAUGAGAAACAUCCAAAGAAGUGAAUUUCAGUUUUUGUAGCAAUGAAGAGUUUUCUUUGCCAGUAUACUCUAAAUACUGCAUUGUGUACACAAUAUUGUAAUUUCAGAGACACAUUCAUAUAACACAUUAUAAAUGUCUCUGGUAAUUUUAAUGGUUUCAUAGUUCUAACGAGAAACCCCUUACAGAACACCCGUGUGAAUAUCCCUACACUAUCUUGCGAGGGAAGGUCUAACUCUACGGAGCCUCUGUUGCAUUUGUUUUGUGUCCAAGGCUUAAAGAAGACGCUACGAGGAACAACACUGUCGGCAACCUACAGUUCACUACUGCGAGGAACAACACUGUCGGCAACCUACGGUUCACUACUGCGAGGAACAGCACUGUCGGCAACCUACAGUUCACUACUACGAGGAACAGCACUGUCGGCAACCUACGGUUCACUACUGCGAGGAACAACACUGUCGGCAACCUACAGUUCACUACUGCGAGGAACAGCACUGUCGGCAGCCUACGGUUCACUACUGCGAGGAACAGCACUGUCGGCAACCUACGGUUCACUACGCAACCUUUGUUGAUUGAUCACAAAUAGCUUCAUCAAAAUCUACAAGGCGUCUCUGAUGAUGGAGGAACAAGAAAAGGCGUUUGUAUCAUUGUAUUAUUGUUAGCGAUCUUGUCCGUUACGAAAGAAAUAUUCACGGUGAAGGGAUUGUUGAGAAAGGUAACGAUGAUAUUUUCAGUCAUGUAACACGCACCUGCCUUGUUUAAAACAGUGAUGAUCCGACCUUAUAUUACACCAAACACUUUCACCUUUGCGUGAAAUCUACUGAUAUGAACCGAGAUCUUGUCGAUUCGUCAUACAUCCGUGAUAUGCAGAUCUUGCACAUUACAAAAAAAAAACUUGUCCAGGUAUUGUAUCAUCAUCUGUUAACAUGGUCUGUGUAGCCAUUGAACAUGUCAUUACCCACUGAAAACCGGAAGAGACAGUGGAAGUGCACUAGUAUAUAAUGAGCGACAUGUAAAGAGAACAGUACCGUGCAGAAUUUCGUGGAUUCUUUGUCCUAGGUCGCAAAGCAGAAAGCGAUUGACCAUGUCUGUGUUUGGUAUAUUUGCCUUUCUGUGCUUUGCUGGAGCCAAUGGGUUUGGAUUACGUCCAAUCGGUCAACAGAGCCCAACAACUGAAGUUAAAUCUCUAAACGGGGACACUGUCAUGAAAUCUGGACCUCCGAUCAGCAAUCCUCACCAAUCUGGUCAGAAUCAAAAUCAGUUCGUGGCGGAUCCAACCAUAUUUAAUCCUCAAAAAUCCAGACCCAAUUCAAUGAUGAAUACAAUGAUUGCCAUGAUGAACAAUGUGAAUAAAAUGGGACAACAAGCGUCUGUAGCCGAUAUUCCAAAUAUGGUAAUGAUGGUGAACAUGAUGAAUAAUUUGCCUAAUAUGGCGAAUGCAAAGGGAGAUAAAACAGCCUUUGUGGAUAUGAUGAACGCGUUGUCAUCGGCGACAGAGAUAAUGGCGAAAAUGCAGGGCAAUGCGAAAAUGAAUAAAGCCCAAAAAUCUAAUGUACAAUCACCAAGUGAAAUGAUGGAUCCACCUCCAUCAAUGAUGGAGAUGAUGACUAAUAUGCCUGCUAUGACCAAUAAGAUGACUGAUAUACCUACCGUGAGAAAUAUGAGGAAUAAUAUUCCAUCCAUGGGAGAUUCUUGGACGCCGACUGCUGCUAAUGCGAUGAUGCAAACGGAGCCAAUGUCUGGAUACUGGAGAAAUCCAGGACCUUCAGCGAUGAAUAUGAUGGAUACCAGUCGACAGCGACGUAGAUAUUAAGACGCUAGAAAUUUUGUACGUAAAGGUAAUAUUUAGCAAUUGGAAAAUAAUCUGGGUUUUAA